GCCACCGGCCGAAAGCGAAACCCUCCUCUCCUGUUCUCCGCACCGGCCGCCAUGGCCGCGCUUCGGAAUGCGAUCAUGCUCCUGUCCUACCGCCCCAAGCUCGCCGUCACCAGGCGCGCCACCCUCCACGCCGCGGACGGCGAGGGGUACGACGGCGAGGACCGCAUCAGCGCCCUCUCCGACGACCUCCUCGACCUCGUCGUCUCCCGCCUCCCCAUCGACGACGCCGUGCGCACCACCGCGCUCUCCACCCGCUGGCGCCGCAUCUGGCACGGCGCGCCGCUCGUCCUCUGCGACGAACACAUCCCCGGCUCCACCCAAGAUGAGCGCAUCGCCACCAUCGACCACAUCCUCGCCGCUCACACGGGCCCGUUCCAGUCCGUCGACAUCGCCUGCUGCUUCAAGAAGAAGGAGCGCGAGCUCGCCCAGUGGCAGCGCCUCCUCCCCGCCCGCGGCGUCCAGGACCUCGCCUUCGUCAGCCUAUCGGGAGAGUUGGGCCUGCGCCUCGCCCCGGACAUCCUCCGCUGCGCCAAGCUCCGCCACCUCUGCCUUGGUUUCUGGACCUUUCCGGACACGGCCGACCUCCCCGACGGCGUGGGCGUCUUCCCGCACCUCGAGGAGCUAGACAUCCUCUGCACCAAAAUGGAGGAUCGGGACAUCGACCACAUGCUCGCCUCCAGUCCAGUGCUCAAGACCCUCACGUUCGUCUGGAGCGGACCCCAGCUCAACCACAUCAGCCUUCUCAGUUCGAGUCUCCAGUGCACACUCAUCGUCAAUUCCAUGGUGAUGGAUCUGGCGUUGGUGGAUGUCCCAUGCCUGGAACGGCUCAUCCUGCAUGGUAAUGCUACUUCAACCUUGAAUGGUAGUUUACCUCUCAGGAUUUUUAGAGCGCCUGAGCUGAAGGUGCUUGGCUACUUGGAUGCCAAAGACAACAAGAUUCAAAUUGGGGACAUCGUCAUAGAGGCUGGCACAAAGGUAAGCCCAAGCUCCGAGGUCCCAAGUGUCAAAAUUUUAGCAGUGGAGGUGAAUUUGCAUAUCUUCAAGGAAGUCCAGAUGCUGUGCAGCUUCCUCGGAUGCUUUCCCAACACUGAGAUACUACAUCUGAAGUCUGUUGUAGCUGAUGAAUCUAGUGACAAGCCCAAUGCCGAGUUCUUUCAGCAGCCCAGUCCCAUUGAGUGUGUGCAAUCACACAUCAAGGAGGUGUUUCUCUAUAAGUUCCAAGGUCAUCAAUGUGAGAUGGCAUUCCUUAAGUACCUAUGUCAGAGAGCAAACCAGAUGCGAAAGUUGACACUAGUGCUGCGUGGUACAAUUCUUGAUUCUGCGGAUAAGAUCAAGGAUCAACUGGGUGAUCUAGUUCUUCCAUCACUGGCUAGUGAAGCUUGUACGGUUUUGCUUCUGGGACCUACAGUGGAGGUAAUGUCCUUCAAUAGGGCAUCGGAUCUUUCUAUCCAUGAUCCAUUUCUUUCUGAUCAUGGGAAUGAGCUCUUCAUUUCAUUGAAGAGGGAGAAAAAAGUGUGGAAAGAACAAACGCCAGUUCAACAUUGUUUCACGACACAAGCUGUUCAGGGAGGAGGAAAUGAUACAGAGCCUACAACUGAAGAAGAGGCCUUGGGCCGUGGCAAAAGGAUGAAGAAGCCCGUGAGGCGAAUGGAUCUGUGAAGACCUUGUAAUGGCCUGAGCCUAGGUCGAUGCAAUAUGGAUACUGGAGAGCUCGUGAGAGAGGGUAUUGUCGAUGUAAUGAGUUAAACUCAGACCCUAGCUUCUAUACCAAUUUCCCUUUCAGACU